CACUCUCUCUCUGUUCUUUCACAGCUCUCUCUGAGAGUCGAAAUUGUAUACGUAUGGGUGCCAAAAUCUUUCUUCCUUUUCUUCUCCUCAGUCUCAUUGUGUUGUGGGAUUUCAGGGUUGUUGUGGGCAGAGGGGAAGAAGGUGAGGGCAGAGAAGAAGAACAUGGAGGAAGAGGCAGCGAAGGAGGAGAUUUGUUCAUCCUGCGAGAUUCCAAACAAGUUAUUAAGACUGAAGCUGGUGAAGUAAGAGUGAUGAUGGGAGCUGAAAGAGGAGUUUCGAGCCCCAUGAAUAUUGGGUUUAUUAACAUGGAACCAGAGUCCCUCUUUGUUCCUCAGUACCUUGAUGCCGCCUUAAUUCUCUUCGUCCGCAGAGGUUCGGCGAAGAUUGGGUGGAUUAACAGGGAUGAUUUGGUGGAGAAGGAAUUGCGAAUAGGCGAUGUUUACAGUAUCCCUGCUGGGUCUCCUUUCUAUCUUGUGAACAUCGGGGAAGGUCAGAGGUUGCAGAUCAUAUGCAGCAUAGACACUUCUGAGCGCAUUGGGCAUCAGCCAUUCCAGUCUUUCAUUCUUGGAGGUGGACGUGGUUCUGUGCUUUCUGGAUUCAAUCUCAAGACACUCAGCACAGCAUUUAAUGUAUCGACGGAGGAGCUGAGCAGCAUGUUAGGGAGGCCCAGCGCAGGGCCCAUCAUAUACAUGACAGGUGCCCACGAGCCUCCGAAGGCAUUUUCUCUCAUCAAACCAACUCCUCAUAGAGUUGUAGAAGAGGAGGAGGAAGAGAUAGUGAAUUGGGGCUGGAGGAAGCUUAUGAAGUCGGUCUUCGGUGAGGAGAAUAAAGCUCAGAGACACACUACUGACUCAUACAACUUGUACAAGAAGAAGCCCGAUUUCAGAAAUAAACAUGGGUGGAGCAUUGCCCUCGACCACCAUGACUACUCGCCUCUCGCCCACUCUGAUAUUGGUGUCUAUCUUGUCAACCUCACCGCUGGUGCGAUGAUGGCGCCACAUAUGAAUCCGAUUGCCACCGAGUACGGCAUUGUGCUGCAAGGAAUGGGCAACGUGCAGGUGGUCUUCCCCAAUGGUUCCCUCGCCAUGGACACCAAUGUGAAGGAGGGUGAUGCCUUUUGGAUCCCCCGCUACUUCCCCUUCUGCCAAAUUGCGUCUAGGAGUGGGCCGAUGGAAUUCUUCGGCUUCACCACCUCGGCUCAAAGUAACAGACCCCAGUUCUUGGUGGGACCAAACUCUGUCUUGAACCUAAUGAGGGGGCCAGAGCUGGCCACAGCCUUCAACCUUAGUCCAGAUGAGCUUCGAACACUGACCACCUCCCAAAAAGAAAGUGUUAUAUUGCCUGAAACUAUCCAUGCUCCUCCUCAUGGGAAGAGUCAAGUAAGGGCUGCUUUUCACAACUCUGCAACACACAGAGAUAUGUGAUUUUGAAGCGGAGGAGAAGCAGCUUUUCUCAUUCCAAUUCUAGGACAACCUUUCCUUGAACCUGAGUUUCCUUUCUUUUUAAAGUUUUUUUUUUCUUUUUUGUUUUUUUUUUUUGGAGAGUGCCAUCCUUCCUUUGAGUUGUUAAUAAUGAUGCUUUUAGUUAGGUUUUUGUGUUUUUUUUUUUUUGCCCUUCUGUCUCUCUCGCUUUUAAAAUUCUCAAUUCUCCAUUGCCCAUGUGAUGCUUGAAGAGUUGUGAAUAAGAGGCAUUUAUUUAGACGGGUGUCUAUCGCA